CUGUCUAUUUCCUAGCCAUUCCCCCCAGCGGAUGCACACUGGUCAAUCCUACUCCUCAAUGCUCUCCCAUGUUGUUACACAUGGGUAACUCCUAGCAAGCCCGCCGCAAUCUCUAACUACUCCUUGUUACAUUGAUUUCAGGGAAACACCCUAUCAGAGCUUUCCAAUAGUUGCAUGCUUUAAUUCCAAUAUAACAUGAUCACAUAUAAUACUCUGUAUCCCAUCCAUUCUUCACUUUUAAAGCUCUCACAGCCAUGAACAUCGCAGAGAUUGUCGCCAUGCAUGGCACAAAUUCGGACCACCAGGCUCCGCACUCUGCCCAAGGUCCAAUCCCCAGAGAUACCUUUCCCAUCUUCCACCCCUAUCCCCUUUCACUCAUUGACAUCCCCUGGCACCCCCAUCACAGCGCCGGCGGGGGCAGCGGCUCCUCCGCCGCCGCCGCCGCCUCCAACCAGCACCAGCACCCUGAUCUCGCUCUCUUCCUCAGAUACGUCCUCGACCAGGGCCGGGAAUGGAUGACCGCCCGCAUGCCCUGGGCCCGCUCCGGCGACAAGAGUGCUCCUGCGCGCCCGUCCAAGGCCAGGGUGCAGGUCUGCAGCUACGUCUCGCGGUAUCUGCCGUACAAGGAGAGCGCCGAGAACCGGGGGCCGAGCGUGGACCACUGGUUCGGCCGGCGGAGCGUGCAUGAGGAUGUUGCGCGGAGGGGGAGCGCGACUCUUGCGGAGCUACGCGGAUUGUUGAAGGAUGAUCAUGCUGAGAAUGAGGUGCGAUAUAACCCCGGGGUGGUAGGGGUGGAGCGGGUGACAGCGUAUGAUCUGUCGAAAGUGGACGUUGGAGGUGGAUGGAAAGAUGUCACGGCGUGCGUCAACACAAUCACCCACAAGUACCCAAUGUGCACAACACGCUGCUACGCAGUGCUUGAAAUAACCGCCACACUCCCAACACCGUCGUCUCCAACCCCAUCCCCGCCGGUCCCUGAAGAAACUCACCGAAUCCCAGAAGCCCCCGCCAGCAGCACCAAAGACCCAGGCUUCAUAACCAUCCAGAUACCCCUCGACCCUUCCGAACUCCCCGAAUCCGAGCGCCCACCCCGCAAAAACUGCAUCUUCGCCAACUACAUCUCCAUCGAGAUGGUGCAACCGCUUCUCGCCCGUUUAUCAGAAGACGCAGUUAAAUCAGCUGCGGGGCUUGCUGAUGGCGGUGGAGGUGGAGGUGGCAGUGGAGCAUCGAACCCUCUCCAGCAGAUAGAAUGGACGAUGGCCACCUCGGCGCAUGCGGGCGGCUGGAUCCCAGAGGCCGUGCAGCGGAGCUGGUCGCUGGGCGGCGUGCCGAAGCAGAUUGUCAAAGAUGUAGGAUUCGUAAUGGGUUAUCUUGCAAAGCGACGGGAAGAGGGAGAGAGAGGGGGGUUGACGGGAAACAAAAUAAGCAGAUCUAGGGAUGGGUAAUGAUAUAAAACGGUAACAAGUCACGAAGGAAGAAAGGAGAAGUAAGCUAAAGAAAGCUUUUCGCACGUCUGCUGCCAUAAUUUUUUUUUCUUCUUUGGCGGGAUACCUAAGUACAUACAUACAUACCUACAAGAGCAAGCAUAAUAAGUAACCAGCCCUCC